AUGGAUGGUUCUGUGUAUCACCAUGCGGCAGACCUUUGGGCAAAAGCCGACUUGACUAACUUGCAAAAGGAUCUGGAUACGUCGAUUCUGGCAAUAAAGGAUAGAGAGUCAAGUUCUUUAGAAUCGAGAAAGCACCUUGCAAGUGAGACCAAAGUUUUCAAGAAACUAGAGUCGGAUGAGAAGCUCAAUGGUAUCAACAAGAUUAUCAAACAAUACCAGCAGGAAAUCGACAGUUUGACGAAAAGAGCUAAGAGUGCAGAGCAAGACUUGCUUGAUUUCUACUCAAAGAUAUCAGAAGCCCCUGAUCCUUUACCCUUAUUAAAAAAUUCGGCGGAUAACGUGGAAAAGAUUGAAGAUUCAGAUAAAUUGAAUGGUAAAAUUACUGAGUUAGAAGAUAAGCUGGCGAGAUGCGCUGACUACGAUAAGAUCAAAGAGAGAUUAUCUGAUUUGGAACAAAGUUCAGUGAAGACACUUGCAAAAAGACUAGCAGCCAAGGAGCAAGAGUUAAAUUCCACUUGGGAGGAAAAACAGAGAAACUGGAGUGAGAAGGAAAAGGAAUUAUCCAAACAGAUUACCAUAUUACAAGACAAUAAUAAAGCCUUAGAAGCUACCAUUGCCAAGAAGAUUGAUAUCGAAGGUGGUGAAACUACUAGUACGGGUACUCCUUCGUCAAUGGACUUUAGUGCUUCUACUGAGAGAAAUCUUCUUAUGCAGGAGCUAGAAUCUUCUCAAUCCCGAGUAUUCCAAUUAGAAAAGAGAAAUGAAGAGUUGAGUGGUAAAUUAGCUAAGGCAACCAGUGAAGCUGAAAAGGAAUCAGAUUUAGCUGCAAAACAACAGCAAAUCAGUCAAUUGGAAAGUGAAAAUGCCUUGAUUAUGGCAUCUUCCGAAAGGGAGCGUACAAAUUUAAAUAAUAUAACCAGAGAACUUCAGCAAAAAGUGGAUAAUCUGAAGACUGAAUCGGUAUCGUAUAAAAAUGAAUUAGAAACGCUCAGAAGAAAGGUCAAUACUUUCUCUGAUUAUAAUGAAAUUAAAAGUGAACUUGAAGCUCUUAAGAAGAUUGAGUUUGGAGCUAGUGAUGAUGCUGAUGAUGAAGAUGACCAGAACCAAGAGUCUAAUAAGGUUCAAAAGAGUCUAAUGAAUGCUAAUAAGAAACUGCAAGCAACAUUGGUAGAGUUGAGAACUGAAAAUAUAAGUCAAAAGGAACUAAACUCAAAGCUACAAAAAGAAAUCGCACAAUUAACUGAUAAACUGGGUGAACUGGAAGAGGCUAAUGCUAAACUCGAGAUUGACCUGCAGCAGAUUGAAGAUAUUGAUCAAAAGUUUAAUGAUACAGCAAGCAUGGUAUCAGGAGCGACGAGACAGAUGAACAAUAGAACAUCGAAGGGAAGAGGAAAGUUAUCUCCCACAAGUUCUAUUGUUGGUAUACCUGAAGAAGGCGAGUAUGAGCCUAUGCAAAACACUGCCAUUUUACCAAUUAUUACAAAGCAAAGAGAUAGAUUCAGAAAUAGAGCUACAGAUUUGGAAAAGCAACUACGUCAAUUGAAUCAGGAUAAGGGUAAACUAAGACAGGAAAUGCAAAUACUAAAGGCUGAAAAUACUAAACUUUAUGAAAAGGUACGCUACCUAACUAACAAUCAAAAUUCUUCUACAAUUGGAGUUUCCAGUUUAGAUACAGAGGCUCAAUUGUCUCAUAGUUAUGACGAGUCAUUGAACCCUCUUUCAAAAUUUAAGAAGACUGAAAGAGAUUAUUAUCUCAACAGACAUCUAUCUGUAUGGGAGAAACUCUUUUCAACGUUUGCGAAAAUUGUCCUUCAAAAUAAGUCUACUAGGCUAAUUUUCUUACUAUACUGUGUGUGUCUACAUGGAUUAGUAUUCAUGAUGUCGAUGUAUGUUAUUAACAUAAGCGGUUAUCUCACCCCAGAGGUCAAUGUCGUGCAAACAUCGGCUUCAAAGAUUGGUAACGCGGUUGAUAAAAAUAUAUAA